AUGGCUCACACUGCAGGCUCGGCAAAUCUCGCCGUAUCGAAUCUCUUUAGCUAUCAAGAUCAUAUUGUCCUUAUUACCGGAGGCGCUACAGGCCUAGGCGAGAUGGCCGCCCAGGCAUUUGUGCAAAACGGCGCCCGCGUCAUCAUCGCCAGCCGGAAAAAGAGCGAGCUGGAAAAGACUGCAUCGCGACUCAACAGCCUGGGACCCGGCAAGGCCGAGUACGUCGUGGCCGAUCUCAAAGACAAGGCCGGGUGCGAGGCCCUCUGCGCCGAGGUGCGCAAGCGGACCGACAGGCUGACGGUGCUCAUGAACAACUCGGGUGCGACAUGGGGCGCGCGCUACGACGACUUUCCCGAGUCGGGCUGGGACAAGAUCAUGGCCCUCAACGUCAAGGCCAUUUACUACGUGACCGUCGGCCUGCACGCGCUGCUGACCAAGGGCGCGACCGCCGACGCCCCCGGUCGCGUCAUCAACAUUUCCAGCACGGCUGGCUACACGACCGGCGUCGGCGGUGCCCUGUCCGCGCCGGGCGAGGGCGCGUGGAGCUACGGGCCCAGCAAAGCGGCCGUCAUUCACUUGUCCAAGAUCCAGGCCUCGAAGCUCAUGGAGGAGCACGUUACCGUCAACGCCAUCUGCCCGGGCCUGUUCCCCAGCAGAAUGUCCAACUUUGGCUUGGAAAAGGGCAUGGAGCUGCUGCUCAAGGCACAGCCGAGCGGCCGCGUGGGCAAGGCCGAGGAUUUUGCCGGAUUGGUUCUGUUCCUGGCGGGUAAGGGCGCCGCGCACAUUACGGGCAAUGCCAUUGUGAUUGAUGGCGGAGCGCUUGUCAAUGAGUUCAGGGGUAGGUCGCGCAUCGACGCGAAACUGUGA